UGCUCAAUUGUUCAUCUGAGAUUGUGACUUGGACUUUGAGGUUCGCGGAUAUCAUUGCAUCGACAUCACGAAAGGUGGAUACUAUAUCAUAUAAUCAAAUCUUCACUUCAAGAUAUUAGUCAUCGAUCAGUCUUCCAUCUUUCCGUAUACAUUAAUAACGACAUUAUGUCGGUUACCAUCGACAGGGGACCACAUGAUGGGCCAGAUCGUAUUGUCCCUGAAAGCUCUCCAAAACGUUCAUUUGGAGAGCGUAUACAUUCCACCGUGAGGGCUUUCACUACAAAAGAUGGAUGGAUCGGGAACUAUGAUUAUGGUAUGCUCAAACCAUGAUCAUGAUAUUCAAGCACCAGAGCUAAACGAUCAUAGCAUUUCUCUUCAAACCUAAUCUUCCCUUCAUGAAGAAGUCGACGCGACGAGCACCGUUCUUCGGCCUCCAAGAUCGCAUGCCAGUUAUACUAGGUCUCCUCCUCGGAUUUCAACAUGCCCUUGCCAUGUUAGCGGGUGUUAUUACGCCUCCUAUCCUCAUAGCCGGAUCGGCAUCUUUUGACACGGAAACAACUCAAUAUCUUGUCUCUACCUCUCUCAUCGUAUCGGGUAUAUUAUCCGCGAUCCAGAUCACUCGGUUCAAAGUUAUUAAAACUCCUUAUUAUAUUGGUACGGGCUUAAUUUCAGUCGUUGGCACUUCGUUUGCUAUCAUACCGGUUGCUUCCAAAGGCUUUACACAAAUGUACGCAAAUGGUAUGUGCAAAACGGCGGAUGAUGGAACUCCAUUGCCUUGUCCGGAGGGUUAUGGUGCGCUCCUUGGGACGGCUUCGUUAUGCGCACUUCUCGAAAUAGGACUCUCGUUCAUGACACCUAAACUUCUGAAGAAACUUUUCCCUCCGAUUGUUACGGGUCCAACUGUCAUGCUCAUUGGUGUAUCUCUUAUUGAAACGGGAUUGCAAGGUUGGGCAGGUGGUAGUGGAACUUGUAUGUCAAGACCAACUACAGGAGAUUAUAUGCUCUGUCCCUCCAAUGCUGCUCCACAUCCUCUUCCAUGGGGAUCUGCAGAAUUCAUCGGUCUCGGUUUCUCCGUUUUCGUUACUAUCAUCCUUUGCGAACGAUUCGGUUCUCCUAUCAUGAAGUCACUCGCCGUUGUACUCGGUCUUCUGGUGGGUUGCAUCAUCGCAGCAGCUUGUGGAUAUUUUGACAGUAGUGGAAUUACUGCAGCCCCAGUCGCAUCAUUCAUCUGGGUUAAAACUUUUCCUCUGAGUGUAUACGGGCCUUUCAUAUUACCACUUCUAGCCAUCUACCUCAUUCUAAUGAUGGAAGCCAUUGGCGACAUCACUGCAACCUGCGACGUUUCUCGACUUCAAGUCGACGGAAAACUCUUCGACUCUCGUAUUCAAGGCGGUGUCCUAGCUGAUGGACUUAACGGGAUGUUAGCAGGUCUCUGCACAAUAACCCCCAUGUCAACCUUUGCUCAAAACAACGGUGUAAUCGCCCUCACACGUUGCGCCAACCGAAAAGCUGGCUUCGCAGCAUGUUUUUUCCUCAUCGUCAUGGGUGUCUUCGCUAAAUUCGCAGCGGCCAUUACAUCGAUCCCCGAUGCCGUUUUAGGCGGCAUGACAACCUUCCUCUUCGCAAGCGUAGCCGUAUCCGGUCUCCGCAUCAUUUCCACCGUCCCCUUUACCCGCCGCACAAGAUUCAUUCUCACGACAUCUUUAGCGCUAGGAUAUGGAGCCACGCUCGUCCCAACGUGGUUUUCGUACGUCUUUACGUAUACCGGGAAUAAUAGGGCCAAAGCGGGAUUUUUCGAUGCCAUUGUUCUGGUUCUUGAAACGGGAUUUGCCAUCGCGGCUUUUGUGGCUGUGUUGCUGAAUUUGGGAUUGCCGGAGGAGAGUGAGGAUGAGGAGAUUGAGAGUUUGGUGGAGGAUUUGGGGGAGGGAGAGGGAGGAGAGGAGAGGAAUUGGAGUUGGAGAUGGAAAUGGAAACUAGAGAGAGGGGUUGGAAGGGGUAGUUUUGAGAUGAGGAAGGGGUGGGGAGGGAGGAAGUGAGGUGUUGUGAUGGAUGGGAUAGGAUUGGAUGUUGAGUGUGGUUUUUAAUCGCUGCUCUUUGUUGCUUUUUUGGAUGUAUGAGUGCAAAAAAGAAGAGAUGUAUUUGGAAAAGGAGUUUCGAGUUUUAGAGGAGAUUUAUUAUAUGAAUAUAUAAUAGUAU